GGGAGAAAAAUCCUGAGGGACAACUGCUUCGGCGAGGCGCCAUGUCGCACACUCCGGGAGCGGUCAUCAAUGAUCCCAGCGUGCCGCCAGAUUUAUGGACGGAGCAAAUGCUCCGCGCUUGGAAGCAUGCCAUCGAUGCUGCCAAGCAUUCCCCCAGGGACAAGAAAUUCGUCAAUCUGGAUGAUCUCCUGGAAGUCACGGAUCAUACUGUCAGGCUUUCAAGUCCCAGAUCUCUCCAGGCAUGUCUCCAUCUUGGAAUUGAUCCCAGCGAGGUGGUGUACAGGCCAAUGGACACUUUCGCCGAGAGGGGAAUGCGCCGAGAGUUCCAGCAGAUAAAAUACGACCACCAUGAAACUCAAAGAAGAGAGAAGCUGCAAAGAUUGAAAGAGGAAAGAGAACGCUUGAUACGAAAGUCCGACGAGGACAAGUCGCGAGCUUCUGCUGCAUCCGAGAAAAGGCGCAAGGGCGGAGGGGAUAGAGACCUUAUGGACAGGGUAAAAACUCCAAGUCUUGUUUGCUCGGGGAAUCGACUUACGUGUAGCGAUCACAGCCCAGUCGGCAGUACUCACUCUUUACUACUAUCGCGAUCGUCACUCGUUUUGUUUAAGGUUAAUUGAACAAGCUCUGUCCUAGUACUUUGCAGGAUAGAAAAAGAAUUGAAGCACUCCGUCGAAGGCAGCAGCGAGAGAUGGAGCAAAUGGCCAAGUACGAAGCUCAAAGACAGCAAAUGGCCGAUGAGAACCAAGCACGGGUUGAGGCGGAAAGGAGGACUGCGGAAA